AUGCACAUCAAGAAGACCCUGAUGGACAUGCUGGAGCUCCCGCUGGCGCUCAGGCACGGCAUCAUCGGCCGGCUGCAGAUACAGAUCCCAUGGUCGACCCUGAACAAGGAUCCUAUCCUCGUCGAUGUCGACCGGAUCUUCUUGGUCGUCGAGCCCAAGUUCGAGUGGGAUGCGGGAGCCGUGAAGCAGCGAGAGCGCGCCGUAAAGCGCGGUAAAAUCGCCGCCGCGGAGCUCUUCCGAACCUCUCCCCUGGACGACACCCCCGCUGGGUCCAGCGAAGGUGGGAGCAAGGCAAGGUGGGGCUCGGGGCUGCAGAAGUGGGUGACAGAUCGCCUCGUUACUCGGAUAGUGGACUCGUUGCAGAUCCACGUUCGAGAGGUUCACUUGCGCUACGAGGAUCGGAUCUCCAAUCCUAGCACCCCCUUCUACCUCGGUGCAACGGUAGAGUCCCUGUGGCUGGAGUCGACGGACCAGGGCUGGGAGGUGCAGCCUGGGCCUCGGUCCGGACCCAUCCGCCCCGGCGGCACGGGAGGAGAGGGUGAAUCGGCGGUGCCCCCGAGAAACGGGGGGAGGAGGAAAGCUGCUAGCGAGAACGAGAUCGAGGCGACGACCGGUGUCGCUGCUUCUUCUUCUUCGCCGCGCGGCGACGGCGUUGGUGGCGAUGACCCCGCGAUAUCGUCGGGUGCGAGGGCGGUAGGGAACGGCGGCGGGGGCGCGGGCGGGUCGGGGGCGGGAAGCGGGAGCGGGAGCGGGAGCGGCGGCAGCAGGAGUGUUGUCGUCGGCGACCGGCUGGUGAAGAAAACGCUGCAGCUGAACCAGCUGGCGGUGUACUGGAACCCGGCGGAGAGUGGGAACCCUUGCUCAAUGGACCUGUCGGACAUUCCCGUCGACCAGGCAGAGGUGGUUAUCAGCAGGCUCAUUGCUAGGAAAGACGAUGAUGCCGACGAGGCGGGGGCGGGGAACGGGGCCGGGGAGCCGCUGCGGCACCGCUACCUUAUAGAGCCAGUGGAUGCCAGUGCACGGGUAGCGCUGAGCGUCGACCCGAGUGAUCGGUCCCAGCCCAGAGUGCAGGCGCAGGUGGAGCUGGGGACAAUUUCUUGCCAGCUGGAGCACUUUCAGCUGCAAGGCGCCAUGUGCCUCGGGGCGUCGGUCGCGCGGUACGGAGAGGUUGGGAAGUACUUCAAGCACAGGCCGGAAGUGCCGGUGCUGGAGGACCCCGCAGCCUGGUGGCGCUUCGCGUUCGCCGUGGUGGUGGACAAGCUCAGGGCAGACGGCUUCUCUCAUAGCAGCAGGUUCCCGGACAUGGCGAAGCGGCGGAGGAUGAGUAUUGCCGGUGGCGGCGGUGGUGGUAGCGACGGGGGGGGCGAUGGUGCGGGGUUGUGUUCCUCUCCUCGCUCCCCGUCUGGGUCGGGUCCGGCGUCUUCUUCGGCGGCGCCGUCGCCGUCUUUCGGCACGAACCCCGCGGCGGCGGGGGCGGCGAUGCUGCCAUCGUCGGGAGGCGUCAUAGCUCUCAACGGGGUCGAGAAGGAUGGCGGUGCUGGUGCUGCCGCAGUCGUGGUCGGCGGUGCGGGGGUCGGCAGCAGCAGCAGCAGCAGCAGGAGCAGCAGCGGCAGCAGCAGGAGCAGGAGCAGGAGCGGGGGCGCGCGAGAGGGGAGGGCCGAGCGGGAACAGCCGUCGACCCCCCGCGAAGAGUCUCACGAAGACGAUGAUGCCGGUGCGAACGACAAGAGCAGGCUAGAGGAGCUCGAGGAGGAGCUGUCCUUCGAAGACAUCCUUAUCUUUCGGGCGAUGGCCGAGCGGGAGGAUGUCCUGCUGCGCGCUGGGAGAGACAACCACCCUCGCAACGGCGGUGGCCGAGAGGACGGCGGCGGCGGCGGCGGGAACCGCUGGGGAAUUGGCGGCUGGGUGAGCUGGGCCAUGCGCGCCGGCACCCGCGCAGACCGUUCCGGGAAUCGGUCCGCCGCGGAUUACCGCGCCGGGGCCGGGGCCGGGGAAGGAGACCACGGAGAGGACGAGAACUUCCGCCGCCUCUUUGCCGCCAUCGACUUCGACCCCUCCGCUCGCGCACCACCGCCGCCGCCGCCGCCGCUGCCUAAUGCGGAGGGUGGUGGUGGUUAUGGUACGGAGGGUUGGGGAGGGUGGUUGGCGAUCUCCCUGAAUUUGCGCGCUCCGGAGGGGUCUCUUGUUCUCGCCGGCGGCGGCUCCCGCGGCGGAGGUGAGAGCGAGAAGCUCGCGCGCUCGCUGCUGCUGCUGUCGUCGUCCUUGAGGCAGCAGCCCGAGGCCGCGCCGCCGCCGCCCUUCAUGGACGUCCGCUUCCGUGGGCUGGAGGUGUGCGCCGAGCUGCACGGGGAGGACAUGGACGCCGUCCUCGCUUCUGCGGCGUUGGACGACCUCGGGGUCUACGAGUUGAACGGAGGCGGGAGCACGGAGAAGCUUGGCCUCUCGUCGCCGAUCGUCACCCGCCGAGCCUUGCCAGGGGGCAUUGGGGGCGGUGUAGGCGUAGGAGGAGGAGGAACGUCUUGUUUUUCGUCGUCGUCGUCGCUCGCGUCUCCGCAACUGCAACAACAACGCCCUCCUCUUUUCGAGAUGCGCUUCGAGAUGAACCCGCGGGACGCUGAGUACGAUGCCAAGGUCUACCUCGCCGUUGAUCAGGUGGAGGCGGUGAUGUCGCCUACGGCUGGGUGGGUGCUGGACAUAGUGGCGUUCGCGCAGCCGCCGGAGACGCUGCAGCACCGGGCCACGCUCGAGCUCGCCGCCACGAACCAGCUGAAGAACCUGAGGGUGCAAGUCGAGUCUCGGCUGGAAAUGGCCAUGUCGGACCGUUUCCUGACCUUCCUCGACCUCGACGUCAAGGCCCCCAUUCUCGUCAUCCCCGUCAACCUUAGCGGUGGCAGCGGGGCGCCCCGCGGACCAGAUCAGGACAAGAAAGAGGGGGGGGCGCAGCCCACGGCAGAGAGGGGGGUGGCGGCAGGCGAGGAGGAAAAUUGUGUUUUUCACGAAGAAGGAGAAGGGUCCCAGGGGCGGCCAAGCGGCGGCGUGGUCGACAAGGGUAGCACGCCCAGGAAGAAGACAGGCGCGGUUGCGGUAGUGGCGAGGGAGAUGCUCGUCGUAGACCUCGGCAGCGUGACCCUCACCACCGAUCGUCUGGCCCAACACCUCCGCCGAAGAGCGGACAAAGAGGGCGCGGACGGCUUUGGCAGCAGCGGCAGCAGCAGCAGCAACGGCGGCGGCAACGAAAUGGAAGAGCCGUCGUCUUCGCAAAGGCAAGGGAAGAACGGCUUCGGAGUUCCCGGCGCCGGUCGCGGCGGCGGGUUCAAGAGGCAGCGCGCCACCGGAGAAAGCUGGCACGCAAAGUUUUACGACGUGUACAGGGUGGAGGUGCAUCGAGUCGGGGUGUUGCUGCUAGCCGGGAGAGAGAGCCGCAGCGGCGACGGGGAGGAGGAAGAAGCUGCCAAGCGCUGGCUUGUAAACCCCUUCGACGUAAAGAUGGAACUCCACCUGAGUGUUAUGCCGAACGACCCCAGCGUGUCCCAGCUCAAGGUCUACGGCGACCUUCCCAGGCUACACGUACGGCUGUCCCAGGACAAACUCCGGCGCUUGGCGAGAAUGUCCGCGGCCAUCGCCGCUCAGUCGGCGGCGCUGGCGGCCUCGAAUGCCUCGACGGCGGCGAGGGAUAGCGUACCUUCGCCGCCUCCCGAGGAUAGCGGCCUGUCGGAGAGGAAUGGCGUCGAUCUCCGAGCGGCCGGUACCUAUAGCGACGUGGGCAACGAUGGCGGCGGCGCCGGCGCCGGUGGCGGGAUGUCUAGCUUAGCGAGCUUCCUGGAGUUCCAGCGCUCGUUGAGCCAGAGGUGA